AAGAAGAGAAGCGCUUCCAUCCUGUUUACAUUGGAGUGCAGUCAGCUGGAGAUGGACCCAGACAGGGAGACAGACAGAGACACAGACAGACAGUAAGAAUGUGAGACAGGAACUUGAGCUCCUGCUCCUCAAGGAAAUGGACGAGAUCAGUCCUCUGUUGGGCAACGAACCCCAGGAGAGGACAGACCUUCUUUCUCCGAACCUGCAGCCGAGACACCAGCAACUGAUCCCAACGCCGUGUGGACCGAUAAAGCGGUGGUCGGAGCUGUCAUGUCGGCUGAAGCUUUACUUCUGUUUCACCAUAGCGUCUCUGCUGGCGCUGCUCGGCCUCACGCUCACCAGCGUCUACAAGCAGCGCACGGAGACGGACGUGUCUGAUGAGGACAACUUCUCCGUGUCUCUCAUCCAGAUGGUGGGAAUACUGUUCUGCAUCUACUACAUCAGCCGGGGCGUGCUGCAGGAGAACAGACAGGAGCUGGUGGUGUUCGUGCUCAGCGUGUUGAUCGUCAUGAUGCGAUCGGUGGUCAACUUCUCUGUGUCGGGGUCAAAGAGCAAGCAGGAGCUGCUGGUGCGUUUCGUGUGCAUCAUGUGUCUGGGCAUUGUGCACGUCUUCUGCACGUCGCUGCUCAUCAAGAGGCCCAACAUGAUGGCGUUCCGUGUGGGCGGGGCCUUGGAGAGUCUGCAGGAGCAGUACUUCUUGCUCAACCUGUGCUUCUCCAUGGUGACCUUUGACCUGCAAGCUCAGCUGUGUCUGUGUAUCCUCAUCACAACGUUGGACUCUGUCAUGUCUGCUCGCAACAGCAUCAUCCUGGGAGUUGGAGUGGUGUGGGCCUGCGUCACCGCCGCUGUAGGCGCCGUCGCAGUGUUGAAGGAAGCCAAGGUUCUGGUUUGGGUUUUCAUGCUGCAGAACCUUCCUCAAGUCGCCUUCUUUGUUUACCUGAUGUACACGGUGGGAGAGAAAUGGUUUGAGAACAAGACGUACACGCUGGAGGCCGCCGCCGUCACCGGAGCUUUGAUCUCACUGGUGAUUAAAGUGGUUUUAAUCUGGGGCCUCGUCAGACUCGUGCACAGCUUCGGUCAGGGUCUGAGGGAGAGAAUGUUUUCACCAAGCAAGUGAGAAAACCCCCAGUGGUCGAGGAGGAGAAUGCCAUCUGAGGACAUGAUAUCAGGAAGCAUCAGCAUCUGCAGAUUUUAUUCAACAUUAACUCCAACCAAAUAAUCAGUGAUUUUAUAAUCUUUUUAUUGCAUUUUUCAGCUUAAUGUGCAGAUCUAACUGUAUUGAGCUAACAUCUCUUUUGUCACUAUGCCUGUUGUACACAAUGUAAAACCCCACGCGUCAGCUCUAUGACCGCUAACGGUUUUGUAUGAAGUUACUUGUUUGUAGCUUGGACUCAUAAUGGUUUUUAACUUAUUGUUAGAGCUGCUUUUAGACAUUACAUUACUUUUCAUUUAGCUAACGAUUUUAUCCAAAGCAUCUUACAAUAAGUGCAUUGAACCAUGAGGGGUACAAACCCAGAACCACGAGAAUCAAGAAAGGAAAAUUUUCUCGGACAUGCACUGGGCUCUGGAUAACUUCCGGACAUUCGCCAAAGUGUCUCCUCCAAGCCCCCUGGUAGACACCACGAAUGCAUGAGGUCCUCUGGAGGAUUCACCAAGAGCGAGUGUUGUGUGUUGAUGACGUCUCUAACACGUGACAGACUCAUAACAGAUUAAAAAAGCUAAAAAGAAAACAAAGAGAGAUUUUGGUGUAAGAUCCGACGCGGAUGUCGAUGUAAACCAAACCAAAUGAUGGCUCCUGUGUUGUUAGCGUGUCCGAGUGGAGAACCUCCGGCUUCGUUGCUCAUGUGUGAAAGGUGAAGUCACUGUGCGGAGCUCCUGCAGAGUUCAUGUCUGAAAACAGCUUAUGUGCUGACGCCAAAGUUGCUUUUUUAAAACGUAUAUCUUGUGAAUCUACACACUGGAAUGUUGUAUUGAUUUGUUUUAUGUUACUGUUUUUUCUAAUCUUUCUACUGCACCUUAACAAACUGAAAGUGUUUUUAAAAUAUACAAAACCUUGAUUGUU